AUGUCAAAAGAACCGGAGACAAAGAUGGCUGAUAUCAAUGCCGAUAAACCAGCGGCCCAAAAAGUUAGCAAAACGGGCUCUUUCAUUGCAGGCGGCAUGGCAGCAUGUAUUGCGGUGACCGUAACGAAUCCAAUAGAGUUAGUGAAGACUAGAAUGCAACUGCAAGGUGAAAUGUCUGCUGAAGCGCAAAGAAUUUACAAGAACCCUUUACAGGCCUUAACUAUGAUUUUCAAGAACGAAGGUAUUCGUGGCUUGCAGAAAGGUUUGUCAUGCGCGUACAUCUACCAGAUUGGGCUCAACGGGUCGAGGCUUGGAUUCUAUGAACCUAUCCGGGCGCUACUCAACAGUACUUUUUACCCAACGCAGGACCCCCACAAGGUCCAAAACGUGGCGGUUAACGUGGUAUCUGGUGCCACCUCCGGUAUAAUCGGUGCUAUCAUGGGCUCCCCAUUGUUUUUGAUCAAGACUCGUAUGCAGUCCUACUCGAGUGCUGUUCAAAUUGGUCAGCAGACACACUAUACGUCUAUUGGUAACGGACUCUCCAGCAUUUACCGUGCCGAAGGUGUCAAGGGUCUAUUCCGUGGUGUAGACGCCGCCAUCAUGAGAACUGGUGCCGGCUCUUCUGUUCAGUUACCAAUCUACAACACCGCUAAAAGAUUCUUGCUCCAACAUGACAUUAUGAAAGAAGGCACUGGUCUUCAUCUAGUUGCCAGUACCAUGUCCGGUAUCGGUGUUGGUGUAGUGAUGAACCCAUGGGAUGUCAUUUUAACCAGAGUAUACAACCAAAAGGGAAACUUGUACAAGGGCCCUAUAGAUUGCUUGAUCAAAACAGUCCGUAUCGAAGGUAUCAGCGCCCUUUACAAAGGUUUCGAAGCACAGCUAUUCAGAAUCGCUCCCCACACGGUCUUGUGCUUAACUUUCAUGGAGCAAACCAUGAAGGUGGUUUAUGCUGUUGAGAAGCAAAUUUUCACUGCAUAA